AUGGCCGAGUCCUUUGAGCAUUUCACUGGGAGGGUGAUUACCCAUGCGUUGUUUACGGUGGAGGAGGGACAUGCGGAUGAGAUUGCCAAAGCUCUGAAAUCUGUCCAAGAGUACGCUCUGUCUGACAAGGAACCAGGCAAGCCGGACGUUAAAGAUCAGCCUGUUGGACUUGAGGGCUAA